AUGGGAUUCUUCACUGGCUUUGCUCCAACGGGUAAGUCUUCGAUAUUUUCUACUCAUGUUGCUGCAUCGAAUAAAUCAGAAUUCUCUCCACAACCUGUGGAAAUGCUGCACCAAACAACCACACAAAAUGAGAAUUUCAAUAGAAGUUUGUUGGAUCAAGAACAAUUGACAAUCCCAACAAGGCCUAAUGAUGAAGAACCUGCGAAAAUCUUGGAAGAAGAAAAGGAACAAUCCGAGUUGGUUCCAAGAAGACUUGUGAUUAUUGUCACUCCCACAAGCAUGAAAGAUCAGCUCCGAGGAGUGCUCCUAUGGAGGCUAGCAAACACAUUAAAACUGGUUCCUCCACCAUUGCUGUGGGUGGUGGUUGAACAACAAUCCGAUUCCUCUGAAGUAUCUGAAAUACUUAGAAAAACAGGUAUUAUGUAUAGACAUUUGGUCUUCAAGGAGAAUUUCACUGACAUACAGGUUGAAAUGGAUCAUCAAAGGAACGUCGCUCUUAAUCACAUUGAGCACCAUCGGCUAAGUGGUAUUGUUCAUUUUGCUGGACUCUCCAAUGUUUAUGAUCUCAGCUUCUUCGAUGAGAUCAGGGCGAUCGAGGUGUUUGGAACAUGGCCGAUGGCAUUUCUAUCUGCAAACAGUAGGACGGUGAAAAUCGAAGGGCCUGUAUGCGAUUCUUCAGAAGUUAUAGGGUGGCAUUUGAAAAAAUUGAACAAUCUAACAGAAACAGAUACAAGAUCUCCUGUUCAUAUUUCAAGUUUUGCAUUCAAUAGUUCUAUUCUCUGGGAUCCAGAAAGAUGGGGUCGUGCUUCAUCUGUCCAAGACUCCUCACAGAAUUCACUAAAAUUUGUCAAAAAAGAGGUUCUUGAUGAGGAGACUAAAUUGAAGGGAAUCCCAUCAGAGGGUUGCUCCAAAGUUAUGCUCUGGAAUCUCAAUAUUCCAUCAAGAACAACAGCAGAUAAUGAGCUUCAGGUAACUUUGCCAAACAGUAUUCAGAGAUAAUACAGUUGAAGUUAAGAAUGUGUACAAAGGGAUAAGGAGAUACAGAAAUGGG